UUGAUAUAAAGGUCACCUAGGAAUGUUGAUCAGAAGAAUAUGAUUUUAUUAAUGUCUUGUAGAAUACAAAUAAACUUUUGAUAUAUAUAUAAGGGCUCACGCCCGGACUGUGUAAUAAUGUAGAAUGUACUAAUGAGGUGAAGUCAUGAAAAGUAUUAUAUUAUUCAUAUUUACGACGAAUACACACACCUACUGAGUUUCGGAAAUAAUUUCCCUUAUCAGUGAGAAGAAGUUGUCUCAGGAACACCAUUAAAAGAAAUAAUUGAUUUAAUAUCCUUUAUGUCAGGGAAACUCACAGGAGGCCUGCAAAUCCAGUGCUAAAUGCAAUCUGAAUUAUGACAGCGGGGCAAAGGUACCCAAGAAAUCACAAAUCUGCCUUUUAGCAUCGCUCACCCAGGCAUAAAUGUCACUUCAAUGACUUCAUGUAAAAUUUAUUCCCGUCAAUAUCGCCUUGUCACCAUUAUGCUCCUGUUGAUACCACAGCCUAAUAUUUUAUGACAUGUAAUUUGUCAGUUUGUUUAUUCUGAAUAGUGUCGUUUUCAUCACGUCAAUUAAUCGUGUCCGGAUGCUUGCCCGGGGCUACGACAGAAAACAGUUAGGGAACGGUCGAUAGCUGGUGUGCUUCACUCGGAAGACUUUUCAGGCUUGUUGCCAUCUCCUCAAUGCACGUGUGACCGACCACCAGAUCCAUUACCAACACAACCAUGAAUGCAGCGGUGGAUGCACUGGCCCAAACACUUAACGCUACCAACGUCACCGGUGGAUCCAAAUCGCAAGGGUUACCUCCCCUGUUGCUCGGUUUCGCCAUCGCUCAGCCAUUCAUCUGGUUCUUCAUGUUUACAAGUAACCUCAUUGUGUUGAUAGUUUACAAACGCUACCUGGGAUUUAAAGUACACACAAAUGUGUUCGUAUAUAAUAUAUCGGUUGUGGAUUUUUGCAUGUCGUUUAACAUGCUUUUUCAAAUGUUGUUUUUCCUUCUACCUAAACUGAAUUCGACGGAGUUCCUUUGCAUGUUUCAAAUGGAACUAAUGAGUUUCUUAACGACAGUGUCACUGCUUAGUGGCAUAUUUGCGACAAUAGACCGGUUUUUGAUAAUCGUGUACAACAACCAGUACCACAACAUAAUGUCGAUGCGGAACGUAAAGAUCAUGGUGGCCGUUGCCUGGAUUUACUCCUUCUGCUACGCAGGGGUGCCGUUUUUCGUCAACAAUUGGGACAUUUACCCCAAAUGUGAAUUUGUCCGUGUUGUCCCAGCAUGGUAUAUCGGAUUUGGAUCUUGUCAACAAAUACUGUCAACAAUCUGCGAAAUCUGUUUCUACGUUGCAAUAUUUCACGUCGCCCACAGUCGACGCCGUAACGUCAGUCGAGAAGCUGGAUCCGCCAGGCGAGAACAGAGCUUACGAGGUGCAAAGUUCAUGGGUGUUGUUCUGAUUGUGUACUCCCUUUGCUGGACCCCCUUUGCCAUACUGGGCCUCAUUCAGAUCUUCAGUUACCAUCCUGUGCUAACGUACGUCCGAAUGACAUCGGUAUACCUCGGAAUAUCCAACUCUCUUCUCAAUCCUAUCGUUUACGCGUGGCAGAAAAGGGAUUUCAGGGACGGGUGUAAGCGACUGCUUCGCUGUCCUAGGUCAAAGGUCAACCCCAGCAGCGGGUCAAGGGCAAUUUGGAACACGACCCAGAGAGAGUCGUGAAUUAAUUUUAAGAAAGAGAAAUGACUGAAAAACUUUGCCAAUGGGACUCUUAAGAUUACACGAGGGAACAGGGGGAUCUAUUUGUUGUGGAGGGUUAAAGUGAUGCAGAGUACCACUAUAGGCGGAUCAAGAGGGUCUGCCCACCCCCAACCCCAAAUGUAGUAUGUUGUAGACAAUCCUGCCCACCCCCAACUGAGAGAGCAUUUUGAAUUUUUGGACCCCUCCCUUUGAAGAAUUCUGGAUCCGCCCUUGGUACCAUGACCGUAUAACACGUCUCCCAGUGGUAUCAAGUUUCAGAACCUUGAUGUAAAGGUUCAGACACAGCAGGACCAUAUAUUAAUGUUAAUGACCCCGAGAACUCCUCAUCCGCAUGUUUUGCCUUACCUGCAGGACCUCUUGUGUGAAUGGUAUAAUCUUGAUAUUGAUGUCUACGGCUUGUUGGCAUGCUUAAAUUAACAUUCAUAUAACAGUCAGAUAAGUUAGAACUUAGAUGGCACUUGUGAUAUGAUGCAGUACAACAUGGAUUGGCAUACGAGGUUGGUCACUGAAUCUUUUAGCACCCACAAUCAGGAAGUUACUUCAUCUUUUACUCGUAAUGUGUGUAUUGUCCAUUUUUAAGUUGAGCCUUCUCUUUGCCUUGUUCGUUACCGCUCCAUCGAUCUUAAUUAUAAAGACAUGGUCAUUUCAACUU